AUGGAUAUCAUAUUCUAUUACGGCUUGUUUCUCUUGCUCUUGUAUUUCCUUCAAAAAUAUUUCCUCCAAAUUAAAAGAAACCUCCCACCAAGUCCUCCUUUGUCCCUACCCAUAAUAGGCCAUCUCUACCUUUUAAAGAAACCUCUUCAUCGAACCCUGGCCAAACUAUCCCAUCAAUAUGGUUCUAUUCUGUUAAUCAGGUUCGGCUCUCGCCGGGUAAUCCUUGUAUCUUCCCCUUCUGCUGCAGAGGAAUGCUUCACCAAAAACGACAUCAUUUUUGCCAACCGCCCUCACCUCCUUGCGGGGAAGCACCUUGGCUAUGAUUAUACCACCCUUGUUUGGGCCUCAUAUGGCCAUCAUUGGCGCAACUUAAGACGCAUAGCUUCAAUUGAAAUCUUGUCAUCUAAUCGCCUACAGAUGUUUUAUGGCAUCCGUCUUGACGAGGUCAGGCUAUUGUGUAAAAGGCUUUUUCGAGGGUCAAAGGGCGAACAGCAUCAGACUGUAAACAUGAAAUCCAUGUUUUUCGAGAUGACUCUAAAUGUUAUGAUGAGGAUGAUUGCUGGCAAACGAUAUUAUGGAGAGAAUAUAGCAGAAUUGGAGGAAGCAAAAAAAUUCAAAGAAAUUUUGACCGAGACCUUUCGCUUGAGUGGGGCUACUAAUAUUGUAGAUUUUUUGCCGUUUCUGAACUGGGCUGGAUCGAAUAAGGUUGAAAAGAGUUUAGUAAUAUUGCAGAGAAAGCGAGAUAAGUUCAUGCAGGAUUUGAUUGAAGAGCACCGGCAAAUUAGGAAUAGCUUUGCUUCUCCAGAGAGGAGUAAGACCAUGAUCGAUGUGCUAUUAUCACUACAAGAAAAUGAGCCAGAAUACUACACAGAUAAUAUUAUCAGAGGCAUGAUGCAAGUAAAAUUUCUUUCUCUAUAUCUCGGGUAA